AUGAUUUAUUUAUUAUAUCCUAAUAUAAAAAAAAAUAAUUAUAUAAUAUCUAAUAUUUAUUAUUUAUUUAUAUUAGAAAUAUUAUAUAAUUUAAAAUAUUAUAUAAUAUUAUUAAAUAAUAAAUAUAUAAAAAAAGAAUUAUUUACUAUAUUAUAUUUUAAUAUAUUAGUUUUAAUAACUAAUAUAAAUAUAAAUUCUAUAGAUACUAUUCAAAAUAUUAAUAAUUUAUUAAAAAUAAUUUUAAAAUUAAAGUUAAAUUUUAAAUAUUUAAAUAGAAAAAUAAAAAUAAAUAUAAUAUUAUUUAUAUUACCAUUAAUUUUUGAUAAUAAUAUUAUUUUAAAUGGAUUAUAUAAAACAUGUAUUCAAUUAUUUAAAAAAAAUAAUAAAAUUUUUAUUAUUAAAUUUAAAAAAAAUAAUAAAUAUAUUUUUUAUAUAUAUGUAUAUAUACAUAUUAAUUUUAAAAUAAUUUUAGAAUAUAAAAAUAAUAUUGAAAUUUAUUGUUAUUUUAAUAAUUUUAAAUUUAAUUUUAUUAUUUUAUUAUUAUAUUUAAAUAAUAAUAAUUUUUAUAAAAAAAUAUUUUCAUUAGUAAAAAAUUAUUUUAUUUUUAAAAAAUUAAUAAUAUAUAAUUAUUUAAAAUUAAAUUAUAAUAAUUAUUUAUUAAUAAAAAAUAUUAUAUAUUUAAAAUUAUAUAUAAUAAAAAAUAAUAAUAUAUAUUAUAAUAAAAUAUUUAUAAAUAUAUUGAAAAUUUUGUUUUCUAUUAAAUUAAAUUUUAAAUAUUAUAUAAAUUAUUAUAUUAAUAAUAUAUAUUAUAAAAAAUUUUAUUCUAUAAUAGAUUUUAUAUCAAUACAAAGUAAAAAAUAUAUAAAUAUUUUAAAAAAUCAAUUAUUAAAUUUUAAGCAAAAUUUAGAUUUUAAAUUAUUAUUAAAUAAUAAAAAAUAUAUAAAUAUUAUUUUAGAAAAUAUCAAUAUAAAUCCUUUAAUUCAAUAUUCAGAUCAAAUAAAUAAUUUAUCUGAAAUAAAUCAAAAAUUUAAAAUAAAUAUGAUUACAACAGGUUUAAAUUCUAAAUUUAUUUUAAAUAAUGAUUUAAGAGAAUUACCUAGAAAUAUAUUGGGAUAUAUAAGUUUAAUUAAUACUAAUGAAGGUAUAACUUGUGGAUUGAUUAAUUAUUUAACUAUAAAUGUAUUUUUAAAUUUUAAAAAUAAAUUUUUAACAUAUUAUAAAUAUAUAUUUUAUAAUAAAUAUAAUUAUAAAAUUAUAUUUAAUAUAUAUAAUAAAAAUUUUUAUAAUAUAUGUUUUAAUAAUAUAUAUUUAAAAAAAAAUGAAAAUUUUAAUAAAACAAUUAUUUUAACGAUAAAUAAAAAUACUUUUAAAAUUAAUAAUAUUACAAAAAAUUCUAUAUAUAUUCCUUUUAAUUUUUUAUUAUCUUUUAUAGAAAAUUUAAUUCCUUUUAUACAUUAUAAUGAUUCUACAAGAAAUUUAAUGAGUAUUAAAAUGCAUACUCAAAUAGUACCUAUUUUAUAUCCAAAUUUAAGUAAUAUUAUAACUACUUAUAAUUUUAUUGUAAAUAAAUAUUUAAAUUAUUUAAUUAUUUCUUAUCAAGAAGGAAUAAUUUUGUAUGUUUCUUAUAUAAAAAUAAUUAUAAGAGACAUAUAUAAUAGAAAUAUAAUUUAUUAUUUAAAUAAUUAUAGAAAAUGUAAUCAAAAUAUAUUAUUAAUGUAUAAACCUAUAGUAUGGGUUGGUGAAAAAGUAAAUAUUGGUCAAAUAUUAGCUGUUAAUUCUAAUUUAUUAUAUAGUGAAUAUAGUUUAGGUAAUAAUUUAUUAGUAGGUUAUGGUUCUUAUUUAGGUUAUGAAUAUGAAGAUGCUAUUAUUAUUAAUAAUAAAGUAAUAUAUAAUAAUUUAUAUACUUCAUUACAUUUUAAUAUUUAUGAAAUAUCAUUAAAUAUAAUAAAUAAUAUACCAGAAAUUUGUAGUAUAAAUUUAUCUAAAAUGUAUUAUAAAAAUAAAAAAAAUUUAGAUAAAUAUGGAAUAAUCAAAGAAGGUAUUUUUAUAUUAAAUAAUAAUAUUUUAGUUUCAAAAUUAAUUUUAAUGCCUUUUAUUUUUAAUAAUAAAAAUUUAAUAAAUAUUAUAAAUUUCUUAUUUGGUAAUAAAUUAAGAAUUUUUAAAAAUAAACCUAUAAUAUCUAAUAUAUAUGAUAUUGGUAGAAUUAUAAAAAUAGAAAUAAUACCAAAUUAUUUAUUUAAUAAAUUAAAAAAUAAUAAUUGUUAUUUAAAAAUAAGAAUUUAUAUAGGAAUACAAAAAUAUUUAAAAUUAGGAGAUAAAAUUUGUAAUAGACAUGGUCAUAAAGGAAUAAUUUCUUAUAUAAAUGAAAUUAAUGAUAUGCCUUAUUUAAAUAAUAAAAUUCAACCUGAUUUAUUUAUAAGUUCUAUAAGUAUUCCAUCUAGAAUUAAUAUAGGUCAAAUUUUUGAAGGUAUUUAUGGAUUAAAUAGUAUAUAUACUAAUUAUAGAUAUAUAAUUUCUAAUAAUUUAAAUAAAAAUUAUUAUAAUAAUUAUAUUAAUAUUUUCAAUUAUUAUAAAUAUAAUUUUAAUAAUAAUUAUAAUUUUAUGAAAAUGUCUUAUAAUUAUAAUAAAUAUUAUUUAAAAAAUCCUUUUACAGGUCAUAUAAUAAAUAAUAGUAUUUGUUUAAAUAAUAUUUAUUAUUAUAAAUUAAUUCAUAUGAUAAAAGAUAAAUUUAGAUAUAGAUUUAUAGGUUUAUAUUCAGAAAUUACUCAACAACCUAUAAAAGGUAAUACUAAACAAGGAGGACAGAGAUUUGGUGAAAUGGAAGUAUGGGCUUUAGAAGCUUUUGGAUCUUCAUUUUUAUUUAAAGAAUUUUUUACAUAUAAAUCAGAUGAUAUAAAAAGUAGAAAAAUAUUAAAAAAUUAUUUAUUUAAUAAUAAUAAAAUAAAAUUAACUUAUAUAUCAGAAACCUUUAAAUUAAUAUUAAAAGAAUUACAAAGUUUAGCUAUUAAUAUAGAAACAUUUUGUACAAUUAAUAUUAAUAAUAAAAUAAAAAAUUUACCUAUAAAUAUAAUUUAUUAA